AUGAAAUUCGCAACCCUUCUAACAUUCGUCGUUCUGGCUGUAGCUUUCGCUAAGCCCUCAAUUAGGAAACAUUCAGACUCCAGCAGUGACGAGAACUCCAAGCACAAGCCUCACCACAAACAUCAUGGACAUCAUCAUCGUCGCAGUACUCCACCAGCUCCGAUCACCGACGAAAGCGCCACUGCUUCCAUUGAAAGAGACAACACGGCAUGA